AUGACGACUCGAGAAGUUUACAGAUUUUUUAUUUUUAUUUUGAGUCCUAGUCUUCGGCGUCAAGAUGAUCUCGCUGACGGACUCCCAAAAGAUUGGAAGGGAUUAACAGGCUUUGGCGUGUUUUUCCUCUUCUUUGGAAUGAUCCUAUUCUUUGACAAAGCACUCCUGGCUAUUGGAAAUAUCCUGUUUGUUGCUGGACUUGCCUUCGUCAUUGGCCUCGAAAGGACUUUCCGCUUCUUCUUCCAGAAGCACAAAAUGAAAGCCACCGGUUUCUUCCUUGGCGGCAUUUUUGUGGUGCUGAUUGGCUGGCCAAUUGUUGGAGUCGUGCUGGAGAUCUACGGUUUCUUUUUGUUGUUCAGGGGCUUCUUCCCAGUCAUCGUAGGCUUCAUCAGAAGAAUACCUGUCCUGGGCUCCAUCCUAAACCUGUCGUUCAUCAGUGCAUACGUGGACAAAGUGGGCGAAAGCAACACCAUGGUAUAACAGUGACUUUUUUUCAACAACAGAAAGCUGUUUGACUACGGCAGGUUUUAUGAAACAACACACACACAUACGCACACUCCCAUACACACACACACAUUCUCUCCCCCACUGGACUGGUUCACGGCUCACAGUCAUGUGUUCAGAUUCCUCCCUCCUCCGGCAGCCAAAGACUGCUCUCUGUUCUAUGUGCAAAUUCACUGGUCAGCGCCACCAGUUGGAGAUGCGUCAUCAGUGCGCACCACCAGUCUGUUACCACAGGAUGGAGUUACUGACAGCACCGAAUUACAUUCUUUCAAAAAAAAAAAAAAGAAGAAGAAAAAAAAAAGCUAUCGAAACCAUCGCAGCAUCCGACACAGUGAUGGAGAAUGGAAGACCAACCAUGGUGUCACAUGACUGGAGGACAGAAAACCAAGACAAAACCAAACCCCUCCCUGAUAUAAAAACACAAGGACAGGGAGAUGAUGGACCCUCGUCCACAUGAAGCUGUUUCUGUGUCUGUGCUUCAUUUUUUUUAAUUCUUCAACCGUGAGCAUCAACAAUUCAACUGAACGCACUUUACGCCACCCAGUGGAAUAAAGUGUCUGGCACAUCUUUGUUUUUUUUUGUUUUGUAGAAAACUCUCCACUAGGGGCUAGGUCAUGGUUUUAACAUUGGUUAUCGUAGUUGACCUUGUGACCUUGUCAAGGACCAUCAGUCCAGAGACUUUAGCUGUGGACAUUAAACCCUGCUGCAGUCGUUCACACGUGUUUCUGAGCAAAUAUUGUAAUGUGAGACGGCGGACACCUGUGACCAGCUGACGACCGGUCAGACCUACGUUUGUCUGCAUGGAUUUCUGGGUCUGGGGAAGUUAAAAUAAAAUUUAAAAAAAGGUAAAUAUAUCUACGUUGUGUGGAAAA